AUGCUCAAUACCCUCCAGCAGGAGAUUGACAACGGAAAUCUUCGUGAUAAAGUCAACUACGCGAUGUAUCAAGUAGCACAUGCAGGGCGGGGGGCCGGCGGCGCGAGCCCCCCGGAAAGCUUCCAAGUGUUUGCUCUCGAGUAUUUCACCUUCUUCGACGAUGCCCUGAAUCCCAUAUGCAACAAUUAUACUUGGGCAUAUUUUCCAUCAUGGAUGACCGACCAGCCACCCCUCACCCAGGAGCUCCGUCAGCAGCUCAAUGAUAUGACCCGCAAGGUUAACGCGGUCAUCAAACCGGCAGCUCAAGAUCUUCAGAGAAUGGGCGUCAUAUAUGUGGACGGUCUCCAAGAUGCUUACAACGGCCACCGCUUCUGCGAACCAGGGGCCACCAAAGAGCAGACGGAAUACAUUGUGUGGUUCUGGUCGCAAUACAGCCAUUUCGACACGCCCUCUGAAGGCCGCGCUGAGGAUGACGUCGAGGCCACCAUACGACCACCCUUUCCGGUACUCCGUUCGUUCCAUCCUAAGGGCACGGCAUAUGCAGAGCACGCCACGGCGCUGUUUGCCGCCAUAGCGGAUAACAGAGCAGCGAUUGCAACUGGCGGCGAAGGGCAGCAGAUCGCGAUUGCGGCGUAUGUUAACCCCCCUUAG